AUGGAGAGCCUGCAGCGGCAGCAGGCGGCCCGCCUGGCCCGCGGCCCCGACGGCGCUCCCCGACGGCUCCCGCUGGAGCCCGGCCCCGGGCCGCCGCCCCCCGCUCCCCGCCGCCGCCCGGCCUCUGGCCCGCGCCCGCCGCUCGCCGCGGCGGGGGACGAGGAGGAGGACGAGGAGGAGGAAGAGGAAGAGGAGGAAGAAGGGGAGCCCCGUGACCCACCGCCACCACAGCACCACGAGUGGACCUAUGAGGAGCAGUUCAAGCAGCUGUAUGAACUGGAUGAAGACCCAAAACGCAAGGAGUUCCUGGAUGACCUCUUUGGCUUCAUGCAGAAGAGAGGAACACCAGUGAACCGCAUCCCUAUCAUGGCCAAGCAAGUGCUGGACUUGUAUACACUGUACCAGCUGGUGACAGACAAGGGUGGCCUGGUCGAAGUCAUCAACAAGAAGAUCUGGCGGGAGAUCACCAAGGGCCUCAACCUACCUACCUCCAUCACCAGCGCUGCCUUCACCCUCCGCACACAAUACAUGAAGUACCUGUAUCCUUACGAAUGUGAGAAGCGGGCGCUCAGCUCUCCCGGAGAGCUCCAAGCUGCUAUUGACAGCAACCGUCGGGAGGGACGGAGGCAGACCUUUGGCACAGCACUCUUCAACUACUCGCCAGCCAGCACCCCAACCCUGCUGGGCACCCCCAAAAUGCCUCUGCCAGCUCUUAGCAUCUCCACACACAGCUGUGGCCAGCUCAGCCAAAUGCACAGCGUUAAGAAAGAGGAUGGAAUGCUGGCAGCAUCAGUGCCUGGGCGCAUCACUAUCCCUGUGGGACUGGCUGGCCACCAUCUCACAGCAGCCCAAGCAGCAGCUGCCUCACAGGCAGUGGUGCUGGAGCAGCUGCGGGAAAAGCUGGAGACAGGGGAGCCCCCAGAGAAGAAGGUGGCCCUGACAGCGGAGGAGCAGCAGCGGCUGGUGCAACAUGCACUUCAGCACAACCUCCUGGCCAUGGCCUCCCAGUUCCCCAUGAACAUCAAGAUCUCCAACCGAGAUGACAGACAGGAGACCGCAUUGAACCUGUCCACCAACAGCAUUAGCAGUAUCAACAUGUCAAUAGAAAUAAAUGGAGUUGUCUACACAGGUGUCCUGUUUGCCCGCCGGCCCUCAGCCACCCUGGCACCUGGUGGAGGGAGCACCCAAACCCGUCCAAACCCCAUGCCUGCCCCAAACCCCCUGCUCCCAGCCUCCUCCCAAAGCCACACUCCCACUAGCUCCUCUCCGUAAGGCAGAUGUGCCCCCACCCUGAAAGCAGCUGGGGAUGCCCAGAGUCUGGGGUCUGAACUGUGGGACCCACUGGGCCACCAGGGUUGGAUGGGGGACCCAAAGGUGCCGCUUGCUGCAAUACUGAGCUGUGGCCAUGCAAGGCUGUGAACACCCACGCAGGCCCUUUUAUCCCUUAUCCCCAUGUGUGCCAUCUGACAGACACGCGCACACACACACACACACACACACACACACAAGUUUCUUCCAAGUCACCACCCCCAGGUGACCCUCCCAUACAUCUGCUGCCCUGAUGCCUGGGGGACCCCUGGGACCUGCAUGCUGCAUCCCCUACAUCCUGCAGCCCCUACCCCACCUCAGUGCACACACUGCUGCCCCUGUACACGCCUCAAUGCAUUCACUGUAUUCCCUGCACACGCCCUUGGUGCCCACUUUACCUCUCCAUACACACCCUCCGUGCAGCCAUGAUAUGCUGCAGCCCCUGUAAAUUGUAGCCCCUAUACUCUGCAGCCCCGAUAUAUAUACUGCACCCCCUACCCACUGCAGACGCCCCUACCCAGUCCUCCUGUGCUGCCUGGGCUUGCUGUCCCUGCCCUGAGAUACCCCCAGGGUGGUGGCAUCUGAGCCCCCCAGGUCCUCAGCUCAGGGGGAUCACCCUGGGGGGGGCAAAAAAU